CAGUAUGGAUGUGGGCGGGGAGGAGGCGGGGUUUGGCCAACCGGCUUUGGUGACGUAUUACCUACUCAUCGCCUUUCCUUCUCUUUCCUUAAGAGAAUUCCUUUACUUUCUGUGGCCCGGGGAGAAGCUGGAGAAGCUGAGGCUUGAACCUUAUGAACCACGAUGGAUGUGCUUCCUGUUCGGAUGACGGCCCAGGAGGAAGGAUCUUUCUCACAUAUAUCAAUGAAAGAGCGAAUACCAGGAAUCAUAAAAAAGGCUAUGGUUUCACUGGAUGAAUAUCAAAGUGAAUUCACUAAGGUGCAUGGAGAGAAAGGCACUAAAGCAAAAGAGAAAGCUUACUCACUUCUUAAUGAUUUACUAGAGCAACUAAAUAGUGAUCAGCCCUUUAAGCCUUUGACUGAUAAUUAUGUAGAUACUGAUAUAUGGAACCAAUACCUGGAAAAUCAUGAAAAUAAUGAAAAUAUAAGCUGGUUUCGGGCUCCCUGGUUAUAUGCAGAAUGUUAUAUGUACCGAAGAAUUCAUGAAGCAUUAAUGCUAAGUUCACCAAUCAGUAACUUUGAUGUAUUUAAAGAUUUAAAAUGCCAAGCUUUCCUUGAAUCUCAGGAACCUGUUAUUAUUUUAUGUAAUUACCUACAAGAGUUAAAAAGAAAGAUUGAAACCCUAAAUGAAAAUGACCUGAAACAGGAGUUUUUAAGAUUGUUACAGAUUUCUUUGUGGGGAAAUAAGUGUGAUCUGUCACUUUCAGGUGGUCGUAGCAGCGCUCAGUUCAUUACUCCAAUGUCAGUUGUGGAGAAAUUGAAAUCUUUCAUUAUAGUGAAUCAUAUGGAUUCCGUUUGGUCAGUACUUAUAACGAGAAAGAAAAAUCAGGAGAAAAUUUCUACUAGAGUGGAUUUUAUCCUGGAUAAUUCGGGAUUUGAACUUUAUACAGAUUUGGUAAUGGCAGACUUCAUGAUAAAAGCUAAACUGGCUUCUGAGAUCUAUUUUCAUGGAAAAAGCAUUCCCUGGUUUGUUUCAGAUACUGGUAAAAACGACCUCAAUUGGUUAAUUGAUGAAUUAAAAAAGUCUCGCACCAGUUGCAUGUCCAAGUGUGGGAGUGCCUGGGAAGAGUUUUUUCAGAAUCAUACAUGGAAUUAUCGAGAUCAUAUGUUUUGGACUCUACCUCAUGAGUAUAGUGCUAUGUCUCAGGUUGCUCCUGACUUGUAUGCUGAUCUACAAAAGUCAAAUUUAAUUCUUUUCAAAGGUGACUUGAACUAUAGGAAAUUGUUAGGAGACAGAAAAUGGACGUUUACAGUUCCAUUUCAUGAGGCUUUGAAUGGCUUCCAUCCUGCACCUCUCUGCAGCAUAAGAACAAUAAAAGCUGAAAUUCAAGUUGGUCUGGCACCUGGGCAAGGGGAAAGUAUUGCAGUUUCUGAACCUACAUGGAUGAUCAUUGGAAAAUAUGGUAUAUUUCAAUUUGAUGGGCCUCUUUAAUUUGGCUUGGGGACCUUUUUAAGUUUUUCACAUGCACAUUUCCUCCCUGGAAAAAUAUUUAAAAAUUUUAAUUAGUUUAAUUUCUUUUUUGAUUUACUUUUUAAAUUUUAGUUAUUUUAUAGAGAUUUUACACUUUCAGUAUCAGUAUAUUGUACAAAUGUACUGGUUACUGAUUAAGCAUCUUUAGGUUCGGUUGCUUAAAAACAUUUUCUUAAGACAUUUCAUUUCUAAUUCAUUGAAAUUUUAUGUCUGUCCAGUAUUUCAAGUGGUUUCUACAAACUACUGAGAUAAAUGCAAAAAGUUCAUUUUGCUUUUAUGGUUAAUUAAAUUUGUAUUUGUAUUUUUGCCAUUUGAAAGUAUAGGCUACAUGGAUUUAAUAUUUGCAACACAAGUCUUAUGGUUGCUUAAAUUUUGAUUUACCUUUAGGAGAAGAAAUUUCUUCUGUGAUAUUUGAGCCACCAGGAAGUAGAAAAUUGAUGUUAUUUGUAGUUCUGAGGAAUUGCCUUUUGCAUUUAAAUUUCUUAAUGAGAGUUGCCGGAAUUCAUAUGUAUUUUGUAUUCCUAUUCAUGCAUUUACUGUUUUGACAGAAGUUUAACUUAAAUAAAAAUCUCCAAAAACAAACAGACCAAAAGAAUGUGAUAUCUUUUUCAUUAUUAUGAAUUAUAUCCAUAGAACUCAAAGAUGUUUUGAUCAGUUUGUCUUUAGAAAUGAACAAAUUCCUUUUGGAAUUUUUAUGUUUUAACUGCUUUCGAGAUGUGAGGUUUAUAAUAGACUAUGCCCUUGACUGAAAAAACCAUUUAUUCUCAUGCUUUAAAUUUAGAAGAAUGUCUUUCCACAAUGAACCUUUGAAUCUGAAUUAUUUAGAAAAAUUUAAAAAUUAUUUUAGAAUUGUUUUACUUUACUACUUUGGUUUGAAAAAAAUAAUGGAAUAUGUUUUCUGGGGCAAUGCUAAUAAAGUGAACUGUGUUAAAGUUUAA